ACACCACGUACAGAAUGCUUCCGACGUAACCAAUGGUGAUGUUCGGCUACUGCGUGACGCGGCCGCCAGGACCCAGACUAGCGUCUCGAUGUAGCAGCAGCCGAGAGAGUAGCAAGCUCGGGAUUCGCAGCAUGGUACUGAAGUGGCUCUUGGGGUUUGCUUGCUGACUGCAGACGCCGUGGCUCCCCGCACCUGUAUGUUACUGCAGUGAGACGCUUCUGCCGGCAUGGUAUAGUAUAAAAGGGUGGCAAGCAUAUGAUCGACUAUAGCUAAGGGUGCUUCCCCUCUUCGUCCCCUGAGGAAACUCUCUUUCUUUCCAGAGUUCGCCAUCCGCUUCACAAUGACUGCCACCGUUCGCGUUGGGGCUGUUCAGGCCGAGCCGGUAUGGCUAGACCUUGAUGGAAGCGUCGACAAAACCAUUUCUCUCAUAGAGAGCGCGGCUGCAGAUGGAGUUCAGGUACUUGGAUUUCCUGAGGUCUGGAUUCCUGGAUAUCCGUGGUCUAUGUGGACUUCGAGCGUUAUCGAAAACUCACACAUCAUCCACGACUACAUGGCCAAUUCGAUGCGUAAAGACUCGGACCAGAUGAGACGUAUCCUCGCCGCGGUGAAGAAGGCGGGAAUGUUCGUGGUCCUCGGAUAUAGCGAAAGAGAUGGUGCCAGUCUCUACAUGGCUCAAUCCUUUAUCUCUCCUGAGGGCGAAAUAGUUCACCACCGCCGAAAGAUAAAGCCCACGCACAUCGAGCGGACAAUAUGGGGAGAUGGGCAAGCCGAGUCGCUUAAAUGUGUCGUGCCAUCCAAGUUUGGCAAUAUUGGUGGUUUGAAUUGUUGGGAGCAUUUGCAACCUUUGCUCCGUUACUACGAAUACUCGCAGGGAGUUCAAAUACAUGUUGCUAGUUGGCCAGCAGAGUUUGAGAUGCCAGACCCCGCCAAAAUCAAGUGGCUAUACCACGAAACGGGGGAAGCAAGCUACCGAGCCAGCCAGUUCAUGGCUAUUGAAGGGCAGUGCUUCGUCCUCGUCGCAUCACAAAUCUUAACCGAGAAAAACCUGGAAAAAAAUAACCUUUCCGGCAACCCAGUCACGAAGACGCCCGGUGGCGGAUUUUCCAUGAUAUUUGGGCCCGACGGUAAACCGCUCUGCGAACCCAUCGGUGCUGGUGAAGAGCAUAUCCUGACAGCGGAUGUUAAUUUGCGAGAUAUCGACUACCCAAAGGCGUUCAUUGAUGUCGUUGGCCAUUAUGCCAGGCCGGAUCUGCUCAGCUUAUUGGUGAACCCCACCCAGGAUUUACAUGUGACGAAAAUGGCAAAGUAGAUGUGGCCAUUUACGGCCAUAAUUAUAUCGCGUGAAAGAUAGCGGGUGGAUGAGUAUGGUGGAAGAUGGUAAGUAGUGGUGGUGGUGGUGGUGGUA